CGCGGGGAGGGACAGAGGCACCGGGACGCGCGGAGCCAGCAGCAGCAGCCGCCGCCGGAGCCCGCACCCGCGCCCGCGCCCGCGCCGCCAUGCCCCUGGCCUUCUGCGGCAGCGAGAACCACUCGGCCGCCUACCGGGUGGACCAGGGGGUCCUCAACAACGGCUGCUUCGUGGACGCGCUCAACGUGGUGCCGCACGUCUUCCUGCUCUUCAUCACCUUCCCCAUCCUAUUCAUCGGAUGGGGCAGUCAGAGCUCCAAAGUGCACAUCCACCACAGCACGUGGCUCCACUUCCCUGGCCACAACCUCCGCUGGAUUCUCACCUUCAUUCUACUCUUCGUCCUGGUGUGUGAAAUCUCAGAGGGCAUCCUGUCUGAUGGAGUCACUGAGUCCCGUCAUCUUCACCUGUAUAUGCCGGCUGGGAUGGCGUUCCUGGCAGCUGUCACCUCCGUAGUCUACUAUCACAACAUCGAGACCUCCAACUUCCCCAAGCUGCUGAUUGCCUUGCUGGUGUACUGGACCCUGGCCUUCAUCACCAAGACCAUCAAGUUUGUCAAGUUCUAUGACCACGCCAUCGGCUUCUCGCAGCUGCGCUUCUGCCUCACAGGGCUGCUGGUGAUCCUUUAUGGGAUGCUGCUGCUCGUGGAACUGAAUGUCAUCAGGGUGCGGAGAUAUAUCUUCUUCAAGACACCGAGGGAGGUGAAGCCACCCGAGGAUCUGCAAGACCUGGGGGUGCGCUUCCUGCAGCCCUUCGUGAACCUGCUGUCCAAAGGCACUUACUGGUGGAUGAAUGCCUUCAUCAAGACGGCACACCGCAAGCCCAUUGACCUCCGUGUCAUCGGGAAGCUGCCCAUUGCCAUGCGGGCCCUUACCAACUACCGGCGCCUCUGCGAGGCCUUUGAUGCUCAGGAGCGGAAGGACUCACAGAGUGCGCAGGGCGCCCGGGCCAUCUGGCGGGCGCUCUGUCAUGCCUUCGGGAGACGCCUGAUCCUCAGCAGCACUUUCCGCAUCUUGGCUGACCUGCUGGGCUUUGCUGGACCCCUGUGCAUCUUUGGGAUUGUGGACCACCUGGGGAAGGAAAACCAUGUCUUCCAGCCACAGACACAGUUUCUAGGGGUUCACUUUGUCUCCUCCCAAGAGUUCCUUGCCAACGCCUAUGUCUUAGCCGUGCUGCUCUUCCUCGCCCUUCUCCUACAAAGGACAUUUCUACAAGCAUCCUACUAUGUGGCCAUCGAAACAGGAAUUAACUUAAGAGGAGCCAUACAGACCAAGAUUUAUAAUAAAAUUAUGCACUUGUCCACCUCCAACCUAUCCAUGGGCGAGAUGACUGCUGGGCAGAUCUGUAACCUGGUUGCUAUCGACACCAACCAGCUCAUGUGGUUUUUCUUUCUGUGCCCAAACCUCUGGGCUAUGCCAGUACAGAUCAUCGUGGGCGUGAUUCUUCUCUACUAUAUCCUUGGAGUCAGUGCCUUAAUUGGGGCGGCGGUCAUCAUCCUGCUGGCCCCUGUCCAGUACUUCGUGGCCACCAAACUUUCCCAGGCCCAGCGGAGCACAUUGGAAUAUUCCAACGAGCGGCUGAAGCAAACCAAUGAGAUGCUCCGUGGUAUCAAGCUGCUCAAGCUGUAUGCCUGGGAGAACAUCUUCUGCACAAGGGUGGAGAGGACACGCAAGAAGGAGAUGACCAGUCUCAGGGCCUUUGCUGUCUACACUUCUAUCUCCAUCUUCAUGAACACCGCCAUCCCCAUUGCUGCUGUCCUCAUCACCUUUGUGGGCCACGUCAACUUCUUCAAAGGCACCGGCUUCUCCCCGUCAGUGGCCUUCGCCUCCCUCUCCCUCUUCCACAUUCUGGUCACGCCACUCUUCCUGCUGUCCAGCGUGGUCCGGUCGACUGUCAAAGCUCUCGUCAGCGUGCAAAAGCUGAGCGAGUUCCUGGCCAGUGCAGAGACCAGAGAGGAGCAGUGUGCACCCCGGGAGCCAGCGCCCCAGGGCUCAGCCUGCAAGUACCAGGCAGUGGUGAGCAGCUGCAUCAGCUCUUGCUAUCUUGCAUUUCUCUCUAAUGGCAGCCACUUGCUCUGCUUUCUCCAAUCUUCCUUCCCUUCCCUGCCAGGGUCCCUUACCUCUCUCUACUGUCCCCAGCCCCUCAAGGUGGUGAACCGUAAACGUCCAGUGAGGGAAGAUUGCCGGAGCCUCUCACAGAGCCUGGCUCCUGGUGUGGAUGGGGAUGCUGAUAACUGCUGUGUCCAGAUCAUUGGAGGCUUCUUCACAUGGACCCCUGAUGGAAUCCCCACACUGUCCAACAUCACCAUCAGGAUCCCCAGAGGCCAGCUGACUAUGAUUGUGGGACAGGUGGGCUGUGGCAAGUCCUCACUCCUCCUCGCCACCCUGGGAGAGAUGCAAAAGAUCUCAGGUGCUGUCUUCUGGAACAGCCUUCCUGACAGCGAGAUGGGAGAGGACCCCAGCCCAGAGCGGGAGCCUGUAGCUGACUCAGACAUCAGGAGGAGAGGCCCUGUGGCCUAUGCAUCUCAGAAGCCCUGGCUGCUCAAUGCAACAGUGGAGGAGAACAUCACCUUCGAGAGCCCCUUCAACAAACAGAGGUACAAGAUGGUCAUCGAAGCCUGCUCCCUGCAGCCAGACAUUGAUAUCCUGCCUCAUGGAGACCAGACCCAGAUUGGGGAAAGGGGCAUCAACUUGUCUGGUGGUCAGCGCCAGCGGAUCAGCGUGGCCAGAGCUCUCUACCAGCAUACCAAUGUCGUCUUCUUGGAUGACCCCUUCUCAGCUCUGGACGUCCACCUGAGCGACCACUUGAUGCAGGCUGGAAUCCUUGAGCUGCUCCGGGAUGACCAGAGGACAGUGGUUCUGGUGACUCACAAGCUUCAGUACCUGCCACAUGCAGACUGGAUCAUUGCUAUGAAGGAUGGCACCAUCCAAAGAGAGGGAACACUCAAGGAUUUCCAGAGAUCUGAGUGCCAGCUCUUUGAGCACUGGAAGACUCUCAUGAAUCGGCAAGACCAAGAGCUGGAGAAGGAGACUGUCAUGGAGAGAAAAGUCACAGAACCCUCUCAGGGUCUGCCACGUGCCAUGUCCUCCCGAGAUGGCUUCCUGCUGGAGGAGGAGGAGGAGGAAGAAGAGGCUGCAGAGAGUGAGGAGGAGGACAAUCUGUCAUCGGUGCUGCACCAGCGCGCCAAGAUCCCAUGGCGGGCCUGUGCCAAGUACCUGUCGUCUGCCGGCCUCUUGCUCCUCUCCCUGCUCGUCUUCUCGCAGUUGCUCAAGCACAUGGUCCUGGUGGCUAUAGACUACUGGCUGGCCAAGUGGACCGACAGCACCUUGACCCUGACUCCUGGGCCGGCCGGGAACUGCUCCCUUAGCCAGGAGUGCUCCCUGGACCAGACUGUGUAUGCCAUGGUGUUCACAGUGCUCUGUGGACUGGGCAUUGCGCUCUGCCUUGUCACGUCCAUAGCUGUGGAGUGGACUGGACUGAAGGUGGCCAAAAGACUACACCGCAGCCUGCUGAAUCGGAUCAUCCUAGCUCCCAUGAGGUUCUUUGAGACCACACCUCUGGGAAGCAUCCUGAACAGGUUCUCAUCUGAUUGUAACACCAUCGAUCAGCACAUCCCAUCCACACUAGAAUGCCUGAGCCGGUCCACCCUGCUCUGCGUCUCUGCUCUGGCUGUCAUCUCUUAUGUCACCCCUGUGUUCCUCGUCACCCUUUUGCCCCUGGCUGUGGUGUGCUACUUCAUCCAGAAGUACUUCCGGGUGGCAUCCAGGGACCUUCAGCAGUUGGAUGAUGCCACACAGCUACCACUGCUCUCACACUUUGCUGAGACUGUGGAAGGUCUCACCACCAUCCGGGCCUUCAGAUAUGAGGCCCGGUUCCAGCAAAAGCUCCUCGAAUACACAGAUUCUAACAACAUUGCCUCGCUCUUCCUCACUGCAGCCAACAGAUGGCUAGAAGUCCGCAUGGAAUACAUCGGGGCAUGUGUGGUCCUCAUCGCUGCCGUGACCUCCAUCUCCAACUCUCUACAUGGGGAGCUGAGUGCCGGCCUGGUGGGACUGGGCCUCACCUACGCCCUCAUGGUCUCCAACUACCUCAAUUGGAUGGUGCGGAACCUGGCAGACAUGGAGAUCCAGCUGGGGGCUGUGAAACGGAUCCAUGGGCUCCUGAAAACAGAGGCCGAGAGCUAUGAAGGGCUGUUGGCACCAUCACUGAUCCCCAAGAAUUGGCCAGACCAGGGCAAGAUCCAGAUUCAGAACUUGAGUGUGCGCUACGACAGUUCCCUGAAGCCAGUGCUGAAGCAUGUCAAUGCCCUCAUCUCCCCAGGACAGAAGAUUGGGAUCUGUGGCCGCACAGGCAGUGGAAAGUCCUCCUUCUCACUUGCCUUCUUCCGCAUGGUGGACAUGUUUGAAGGCCGCAUCAUCAUCGAUGGCAUUGAUAUCGCCAAACUGCCCCUGCACACGCUGCGCUCGCGCCUAUCCAUUAUCCUGCAGGACCCUGUCCUCUUCAGUGGCACCAUCCGCUUUAACCUGGACCCUGAGAAAAAGUGCUCAGAUAGCACGCUGUGGGAGGCCCUGGAGAUUGCACAGCUGAAGCUGGUGGUCAAGGCACUUCCCGGAGGACUCGAUGCUAUCAUCACGGAAGGUGGGGAGAAUUUCAGCCAGGGCCAGCGGCAACUGUUCUGCCUAGCUCGUGCCUUCGUGAGGAAGACCAGCAUUUUCAUUAUGGAUGAAGCCACAGCUUCCAUUGACAUGGCCACGGAGAACAUCCUGCAGAAGGUGGUGAUGACGGCCUUUGCUGACCGCACAGUGGUCACCAUUGCGCACCGUGUCCACACCAUCUUAAGCGCUGACCUGGUCAUUGUUCUGAAACGUGGAGCCAUCCUGGAGUUUGACGAGCCAGAGAAGCUGCUCAGCCGCAAGGACAGUGUCUUCGCCUCCUUUGUACGCGCAGACAAGUGACCAUCACAGCCCCAGGACCCUCCCCCACCUUGCUUCUGGUUUUCUAACUGUAAAUCACCUGUAAAUAAAAGAUUAUUUCCUACAGAA